AGGAAGCGGACGUGAUGUACACGGUAUGGCGUCCUGCCUCUACGUAGUUCGUCAGUGGGUCAGCGGGCUCGGGCAGAGGAUGUCCGCCUUCCAGAUGAACCUGGUCCCGCUCAAAGAGCCGCUGGGCUUCAUCAAGGUCUUGGAGUGGAUUGCUGCCAUUUUCUCUUUUGCCACCUGUGGGGGUUUUAAGGGCAAAACAGAAAUUCUAGUGAGUUGUCGUCCUAAUGUGACUGAGAAUAAAACUGUCACUGCUACUUUUGGUUAUCCAUUCAGGUUGAAUCAGGCAUCAUUUCAGUCAUCUUCAAAUGUUUGUGGUGUAGAUUGGAAAAGUCACGUCCUCGUAGGAGAUUACUCCUCUUCUGCACAAUUCUAUGUUACAUUUGCAGUCUUUGUAUUCUUAUACUGCAUUGCUGCCCUUCUGCUUUAUGUUGGUUACACAAACCUGUACCGGGAUAGUCAUAAACUUCCCAUGAUUGACUUUGUUAUUACUGUUGUUGCCACUUUUUUGUGGUUGGUGAGUACUUCAGCCUGGGCUAAAGCGCUUACAGAUAUUAAAGUAGCUACAAGUCCCAGGAUUGUUCAGGAACUUCUGCCUUGUAAACAGUCAUCAACAGAGUGUCAUUUUGGUUCUGUGACAAGUAUGGGAUCCCUAAAUGUAUCUGUGAUCUUUGGCUUUCUGAAUAUGAUACUGUGGGGAGGAAAUGCUUGGUUUGUGUACAAGGAGACCAGCUUACAUAGUCCCUCAAAUACGUCUGCUUCCCAUGGCCAAGGAGGGGCUGUUCCUCCUCCUGGAAUGUAAUUCAGGGACAAAUACUCUGAACCAAACUUGUGUCUGUACCAUGACUUGUUGCCAACAUCUU